AGAGAGAGAGAGAGAGAGAGGGGAGGGAGGGAGGGAGAGAGAAAUCAAGAGAGACCCGAUCCUCUCAUCGCCUUUUGUUUCAAACCUUUUCACAACGACGUCACGUGAGAUAUUGCUGUUAUUCAGAAGGAUCGCCAAGCCAGUUAGGAGUAAGAAGCGGAAAUCGUCAUCAUGGGGAGCGUCAACGUUAACCGGAACAUCAGCGAUGCUUUCUACCGUUAUAAGAUGCCUCGCAUCCAGGCCAAGGUAGAAGGCAAAGGCAACGGCAUCAAGACCGUAAUCGUCAACAUGGUAGACGUGGCGAAGGCGAUUGGUCGGCCGGCCACGUAUCCUACUAAAUAUUUCGGCUGCGAAUUGGGUGCUCAGACGCAAUUUGACUUCAAGAACGAGCGGUUCAUUGUGAACGGCUCUCACGAUGCCACAAAACUGCAGGACCUGCUCGACGGAUUCAUCCGCAGAUAUGUAUUAUGCCCGGCAUGUGACAAUCCGGAGACCGAACUGAUGGUCAGUUCCAAGAAAGGCACGAUUUCACAGGGUUGCAAGGCCUGCGGUCAUCAUGGCCUCUUAGAGAGCAAUCACAAACUCAAUACGUACAUCCUCAAGAACCCACCGAGCUUGAAUCCAGCGGUGCAAGGUAGCUCGCUAACGGAAGGUAAGCGGGGCAAACGCUCGAAGCGCGCAGCGAAUGGUGCUGACGCCGCCACUGCCGCUACCGGCAACAACGCCAUUGCCGCUUCUCCGACAACGACGACGCCGAUCGCCGCUGCCACCGCCACCACUAACGGCAAUCGGUCCGGUUCACCAGAGAGCGUUCACGACGCCAACAAUGCUGCGGAUUUUGUAAUAGCGGAGCUACCCAAGCGAAAUCUGGCAAAUGACGAGGAAGAUGACGAUAAGUGGGCGGUGGACGUGUCAGAGGAGGCGGUACGUGCCCGUCUUCAAGAUCUGACGGAUGGCGCGAAAGGUAUGACUAUGAGCGAUGAUCUCGAAAAGACCGAGAAGGAGCGCAUGGACAUGUUCUACAAACUGGUCAAGUGUCGCCGCGACGCCGGUCAGCUCGAUAACAAUCAUAAGGAACUAAUUGCCGAGGCAGAGAGACUGGAGAUCAAGACCAAGGCGCCGUUGAUCCUUGCUGAGCUACUGUUUGAUCAAUCGAUCGCUGCCCAGGCGAAAAAGUACCGCGUACUGUUGCUACGCUUUACCCAUGACGAUAUCAAGGCGCAGAGGUACUUAAUACGCGGCAUCGAGCAGGUUAUCGCACUGCACAAGGAAGCCCUAAUGCCGAAGGUUCCGGGUAUUUUCAAGUUAUUCUACGACUCCGAUAUCCUAGAGGAGAAGGCAUUCGAUGAAUGGUCAAGCAAAGUUAGCAAAAAGUAUGUUUCGAAGGAUCUGUCUCAAGAAAUUCAUGAUAGAGCCGUGCCCUUCCUGACGUGGUUGAAAGUCGCCGAGGAGGAGGAGUCUGAGUCUGAAUCUGAUUUGGAAAUUGAGUAUGAUGAUAGAGCCAAGCAGCAAUCUUUGAAACAGCAGAAACAACCACCGCCUGCGCAAAAGCCCGCUGCCGCCAACGAUGAUAACUCCGACGAUGACUUUGAUAUCGAUGCCAUUUAAAAACAGCAGCAACAACCAACACACUUGUCGGACGCAUACGCAAACGGACGAGAAACUUAUUAACGUCCGCAUACGUAAUGAGAAGAAUAAUCAUUUACCCUACACGCAGGAACACGCGUACAUACACGUAAUACACGUGACAUACAUAUACUACACGUACACGAACAGAACUGGAUACAAAGAGCUGUAAAUGCAUUUUCAAGUUAUAUGCAAAUUGUUAGAAUUUUCGUUGUUUUAAACGGUUGAACGACAUCACGAUGUUAUUUACAUGUAUGUAUAAAGUAGAAGAAAAAGCGAGAAAAAAAAUUUUAACGGUUUCCGAAUUUGUAGUAACGUGAAUUAUCUUUUUACAGUAUGUUUAUGAUACUUUUAAUUAUUUUAACGGUAAUGCUAUCGUGCAUUCACCAUCAGAUUGUUAUUAUUUCAUCGAAUUAUUGAUAUUAUUAUCAUUAUCGAAUCUUUUUAUCGUUAUCGAAUCUUUUAUGUUCUCUCAUUGCGUAUAUAUCUUGAACAGUGCAUAUGUUCCAGAGGAAAAGAGAUAACGCUACAGUUCGUGUAAAACAUUGCUGAAUAAUUGGCCUGCUAAAAACGUUCUCUACUGUAUUUACAUUUACUAUUCUAAUAAUUAUUCAAAUAAAUAUGGUUUAAUUGCAACAA